AUGGAUGAAGAUGACGACGACGAACACGAUGCAGAUGAGGAUGAAGAUGACGAAGAGGAAGUAGAUGAGGAUGAAGAUGACGAAGACGAUGGAGAUGAGGAUGAAGAUGACGAAGAAACUCUGGAUAAAGAUGACGACGACGAAGAGGAAGUAGAUGAGAAUGAAGAUGACGACGACGACGCAGAUGAGGAUGUAGAUGACGAAGACGAAGUAGAUGUGGAUGAAGAUGAUGAUGACGACGUAGAUGAGGAUGAAGAUGACGACGACGACGCAGAUGAGGAUGUAGAUGACGAAGAAGACUUGGAUGAAGAUGACGGCGACGAAGAAGACUUGGAUGCAGAUGACGACGACGAAGACGAUGGAGAUGAGGAUGAAGAUGACGAAGAAGACAUGGAUGAAGAUGAAGACGACGAAGACGAUGGAGAUGAGGAUGAAGAUGACGAGGAAGAAAUGGAUGAAGACGAAGACGAUUCGACGAAAUUGACAGUACCUAUUCCAGAGAAUGGUGGAGCGAUUGAAUUAUUUGCCACCCUUACAAAUUACCUAGGAGAGUCAACAACUGUUAAUCAUACAGUCACCAUAGAUGAUGUCCAUAACACCGUGACUGAGAUUGAAGGACCAUCGAACGUCAAUGCUAAGCACAUGUUACGGUUGUGCGUGCGAGUGUCCCAACCAAAAGGUUGUGGUAACACGUCAGCUAAGCUCUUUUACGAUUGGACUCUAUCAACUGUUGACAAUGACCUGUUACUAGAGAAGAACGAGGGAAGAUGCAUUCGUGUUGACGCGGACCUGCUAAAAGAUCAUGAAGACAAGAUAUUAGAAGCUACUGUAAUUGCAAAAGAUACACAGUCCAUUGUAAUUGGGACAGCUACUAAAGAAAUAACUGUUGUCCCAAUGCCAUUAAAUGCCAGGGAAUCAGAUCAGCAAAAUUUUGACUGCAAUGAAAGUAUCAAAGACGUAUCGAACCGCCAGAAGUUGACUAUUACUAAUUUCCCUCCUGGCAACUACCAGUUUAAGCUAGUCGUGACAAAGGGAAGCAGACAAAGUGAGACCGAAGUAGAUGUUGAGGUGAAAGAUCACCCUGUCUUGAAGAUUCGCAUUAAGCCGCAACACGGCAAGAGGAAAGCAAUACCCUCCAAGUCAUUUGUAGUAAAAUCGUGGAUCGAGCAUGAGAAUCCCCUCACAAACGUUACAUGGCGUAUGACAACUGAUAGCGACGGUAAGAUUGGCACACUGUACACUGAAUCUACACAUCGUAAUGCAUAUGAAUUAACAAUCUAA